AUGACCAACCUUUGCAAUAAGAAAAAAAAAGUCAUCCCAUCAAUACAACGUCCGCCGCCAACAUCCACUGCGGAGAACAACUCUAUUGCCACUACGUUCGACAGAAGAAAACUAAGGGAUCGCAAGGAACGUGUGCUUAUUAUUGAUCCACCCAAGGACGCAAUCAUGAUGAAUAAAAGGUCAGUGGAAAGCUUUGGAAUUCCGAUGCGGGAGACUGGCUCCCUGCCUGAUGGGAAUGAUGCGAUCUAUGUAGUUGAGGACGCGUGUGAACUAGCGAUGCAGAAGCUCAGAAUGAAUGUGAGCCGUAUCAUAUCUGAAGUUUUCGAACAAUGUGCUAAAGCAGGAAAAAAAACGCUUCAUGCCGAAGACGUGCAACAUGUCCUACCAAGUCGCUGUUUUAGAAAAGUCUAUGGAUUCGACCAAUAA